UUGGCAAAAUAUUGACAUCUACCCCCAUCAUGCGGUACAGAAACACGUGGAUUUAAAAGUUUAUUUUGAUCUUCAAAUACUGAAAGAAUUUAUAAUUUAAACAUGUUUUUGGAAGGUGAUCCUAUAUUAACGUCUGCUUCAAUUACAGAAGAAGAUGUUGUGAACUACUUAGAGAAACUUAAAAAUGCUGACAAGAAACCAUGUCAAAAAGAAAUAACUGCACUACUGCAAAACCAAAAUGUCUUGCGAUAUUUUAAAUUCCAUGUAGAACAAUACUGUGAGUUGCAUAAACUCAUUAUUACAAAAAUCGAAGACUCGCAUGAUUAUAUAACAUUUUUAAAAGACGAUGGCACUCUUCACAGACUCAUAAGAGAGAGAGAUGAUUUUUUUAACAUUUUUCUUGAAAUGCUAGUGCCAACGUUAAUAGAUACAUGUUGCAAGUUUAGUGAAAAUGAAAAAGUGUUUAUGGCGAGUUCAGAGGUCAUUCAGAAGUGUGUUUUUAGCUCAAAGGAGUUCAUCUGCUACUUCACUGACUUUUUCGAAAAAAAGAAAUGUACUGAAAAACAUAUUCAAUGUAAAGCAUUAUUUAAAUAUUGUGCCUCGUUGUGCUCUAAUCUGGAAUCAGCUGGCGUUGGGUUUAAAUUAUUUUUUUACUCAUUUUCCAAGUCAUCAAAAAAUUUUAACAACAUUUAUAAAAUGUUGGUUAUUUUGUUAGAGAUUUGUGGUUUUGAUUUAAAGACUGAAUUUAAUUUUAAUAAACUGAAGUAUCAAGUUCAGGAACCAUCAUUAAACAAUGCGCUGUAUAUUUUGAAUGAACUUUUAGAUACAGUAACUAAAUUAAAAGUUGACUUGGAGAGUAAAAUAAAUGAUAUCACGUUUUCCGAUUUUAUAAAAAAAUUAGUAAAAUCCGUUAUCACGUUAUCUCAACAUCCCAACAUUUGUUGCUAUCAAAUUUUACUCAAAGUUGCAGAAAUUAAUCCACUGAUUAUUGAGUCUUUGGUUAAUGAGAUAUUAGUGUAUGUAAUGCUAAGUGACAACACCAGUUGUAGAAAAGAAUAUGAACAACUCAUGAUUAAAAUAUUUGAAGUAUUUUCUAAAUUGCAUCGAACACAAAAUUUGAUCUCAAAGAUGAUACCAACAUUGCAGACUGCAAUUAAAGAGCGAAAGUUAAAUGAGUUGCCUUAUAGCUUUAGAGGAACUGUGGAUGUCCAAUUAAAGACAGACAUUUUAUAUAGUGCCGACGACAUUCUCCCCGAAGUAAUUUUAGAAUAUUUUACUAGUUGCAUUAUAAGUCUAGCUAGUUGGCAAACUAUAAACUUACUCAAAACAAUGACGUUUCAUUUAAAGAAGGCUGUAGAACAACUUCCAGAAGUUCAAGAAGUUGCAGAAAAUAUUUAUGUAGAAAUUUUAAGUAGUCUUACGUGUUGGUUACUACUGAGCGUUCGAGUGGCUGAACAUACAGUUGCGGAAAAUACGGUUGUGAAGUUUGCUGAAGGCUUGGAAGAACUGAAAACAAUCCUGGGACAAUUUGGGGCGAAAUUAUUACAACGAGAACACAAUCAUGUUUUAAUGAGAGCUUUUUUAAAUAUUUCUUACUACUGGGCCGAAGUUUACAUGACUCUGGAGUAUUAUUCAGUUAACAACCAAAUUAAAAUGACCAAAACCCUGGACAACAAUUUCUCUGCAUUCAACCUAACUUACAUCCACCCAUAUUUAAGCAACAAAGAAUGGUGCCACAUUUCAGAAAGAAUUAAUAAUUUUGGAGAAAAACCGUGCAAAAAAAUUAUGCAAAAACUAUUGAUUCAGAAACUGAGAGCUUUCCUCAUUUUUGGCGACGGCAAUAAUGACGUUGUAGCACCGAUCAUUCGAACACUAUCCACAAGUUUUGACGCAGAAUCAGUAGACAUUUUCUCAGACAGAUUUGUAGUUAACACUGUCCUCGAUAAAAUGCCCACGUCUAAUAUUAUAAGUUUGGCAGAAAUUCUUGUUAAAGAUUUAGUUGAAGGUAACACGAAGGUACUUGAUGAGCCCCAUAUUAAUGACUCCCAGCUAAUAACUCAAGGCAUUCUUUGUGUCAUCUUUACGAAAAUCAAUAAAUUACUGAAACAAAAAAGAAAACACGACGAUACAUCAGUGCGGAAAGCUUUAUGUUCGAAAGCGAUAUCAUUCUUACCUACAGAUAUGUUUCUUUGUGGCAGAAUCGAAGAAGUGCUGGGGAGUGUAUCAGAAAUUCUAGUGUCAGAAAGUCACCACCAAAAUAUAGAUUUAAAAAUGCAGGAAGAGAAGUUGGAAUUGUACUUGGAGCUUUUAACCAAAAUACCUCUAAUUUUUUGUUCAGAAAGCACUCAAAAACUGACAGUAUUACUACUGAUGGCAUUACACAAAGAUUCUCAGAACUGCGAAAAUAUGAAACUAAGAUGUGAACAACUCAUUAUUAGCAUCGUACAACACAACAGAUUUACUUUAUUGGAUCUUUUUGAUUCCUCAGUUCUCGUCAAAACGUUAGUGGAUUCCUUCGACAGUAGUGAGGAUUUAUUUUUUCAAAUCGUGCAAAAUGUAUUCAAGAACGACACAGCGAUUACCAAGUUCGAGCCAGGGGUUUCAUAUAUUAAAGACAAUCUCAGACAAGAUAAAUGUCUGAGAUUUGCGGUAACUCUUUUCAAUGUGUUAAGUAAAAUAAGAAAAGUUAAAAUGUCGCCGAAAUCAAAAGAAGUGUGUUUGAAAUACAAGUCGGAUAUCUGUCACAAAAUGCUGAAGCUGGUUUUGAAAAAUAGUCCAGAGGACCGCUUAAUCGAAGUGUUUGGACUGGUGUUGAAGACAUUUUUAGCUAAAGAUGAAGAUGACACGUUAUCUAAAUUAAAAACGUGUUUGCCUGAAUACGUUGAAUACAGUUUCAACAACAUGUCGAACAUUAAUAGUAAAGCGUGUUUAUUAUUGUUUACUACAAUUUUACACAACAAAACUAUUUUGGGAGACUUUAGUGAUACUUUCAUCUUGAGAAUAUGGGACGCGUUGAAGACGAUAACUAUUCAGAAUGAUAGUUUGGAAGAAUAUUCACAAUUGGUGACAUUAAUUACAACCCUAAUUGCAAAUGAACACUUUUCGAAUAUUUUUGAAAAUUUAAUGAAAGUUACGGAACGGUCGAUUGAGUCAGGCGACGAUAAAGAAUUUUGCAAACACUUAAAAACCUGGUCUUGCAUUUUAUCCACGAACGUUAAUCCCGCCAAAACGAACAUUUUACGUGAACAACUGGAAUUCCUUUUAGAAAAAUUAAUUCUUCUGUUGAAAUCCAGGUUAUAUAAAGACGACUUAUUUGAAGAAGUUAUCCAAUUUAAGAUUUCAAUUAUUCAGGCAAAUCACGUCCCGUUAACUGCAUCGCUAAUAGACUUUUUGCUAUCAUCCGUGUCGAUUCUGUUGAUGAAAGAUUCACACGAUUUCAUCCACAAUUUCAGCUCAAGCAUAACACUUUUGGAAAAUCUUUUAAAAUAUCGAAACCCGUUAAUCAUGGAUCGGUUGCCUCCUUACUUGCUGCAGUACAGACUCUUACUUAAAGAACUGUGUCUCAGAGGUAGUUCUCACGUGACGUUGCAACCAACUGAAGCACAGAAACUCGCAGAUUGUGCUCAUAAAUUAGAAAAGUUGACGAAGAACCUAGUGGAAUGUACGAAGGAUAUGUCAAGAAUUGCGAUGUAUCUGAUUGCUGAUAUUUUAGGACAGUAUGAGUUAGAUACAAUGGAUCCUAACGUCAAGAAACAUUUAAAUAAUUGCAUAUAUAGCUUGAUUGCACUGUGUGAUCAACAUGCGGUGCAGUACCUCAUGAGGGUAUUAAGCAACCCUUGCACUGAAUUUUUUAAAAUCAUAUAUGCAAACUAUAAAAAAUAUAGAUUUACAGGAAAAAUCUGAAUUUGUUAAAAAUAUGUGAUUUGUUAGAAAUAAAUAUAUUUUAUACUUUGA